AUGGGCACUGGCACGAUCUGCCUGGAUCCAAUGGACCAUGGGCCGCUUGUGGGCUUGAUGCCGGCGCUGUCGUCUCCUGCUUCCGCUGGCUAUCCUCGUGCGCUCUUCAGUGUUCACCUAUCCGAGCUCAUGAGCGACGACCAACGGAGUGAUUUUGACAAGUGGCGGAACUUUCUAGGGAACAUGGCCCUUGUGGGGAUGUAUACGAGCCUGAACGGCUCAUCAUGUUUUCUUCUACUAUGUCCCUGGAAUAUGUGGACCAGGUUAGCUGGUAUGAGGGGGUACAAACUGAUUUUUGAGACUGAUGGGACGGAUUCUUUUGCUGGUAGUCAUGGCCUUGGUCGAAAACGCAGACGAGAAGAGGACUCGGCGACGCCGCGUCUUGUUUUGCCAGAGUGA